AUGUUGACUUCAUUGAAUGUGCUGCUCUUUUUCGGACCAUGGCUGCCCGUUAUUGACAAUGUGAUUGUUCGCGGUCAACUUAUUGAUAUCGUUUACAAUACGUCAUUUCCUCUGAAACCAUUGAUUAUUUGUACAAUCACUGAAGAAUGUCGAGAUUUUAUUUAUGGAAGUUGGCAAAAACCGAUAACGCCUAGUGAAUAUAUUGGAAUAGCACUGGCUAUUUUUCAGGAGAAUGCAUUCAAAAUUCUCAAGAAAUAUCCACCGGUCGGUUCGGAUGACCAACGAUCACUUGUAGCUCGUGCUGCCACGCAAUGGAUGUUUGGUUAUCCACUCGAUACAGAAAAUUUGAGAAAUUGGAUACAAUGCAGUGAUCAUGCGUGUCACACUGAUGAAAUACCCUUUCUUUUUGAAUCAUCUUGGACAAAUUUUACUGAUGCCGGCCGAUGUGUAUCUCAAAAUAUGGCUACCUGUUGGACAAAUUUUGCCAAGAGUCAAGACCCUAGUGAGCAGUUGAGAGUUCCAUUAUCAUGGCCAAGAGUGAAAACAGAAAAUGAGACAUACAUCUACAUUCAAGAUCCACUUCUAAUAAAUUGA